AUGAUAUUGAAAGAUCUAGAAACAGUCGAUAAGCAGCUUAAAAAAGAACCUGACGAGCAGAAUGUGACUUCUGUGGUUAUUCAGCCACCUACACAACCAGUGGAUGCAGUUGGAUCACAAAUGUCGUUGAGGCAGAAUCCGAAUUCUCAGUUGCCGGAACAACAACCAAUAUCCUCUCGUCUUGAACAAGUCCAUUAUAUUACACCGUCUGGCUUAAGUCGUUUGCACGCUACAAACGGUAACCUGACGCUUAAUGCGGCAGCCCUAAGCAGCAUGCACAAUGUGGGAGCUGCAAGUAUGAUUGGUCAAUAUUCGCCUGUCGCUACUGUUGCUGCAGCUGCAGCAGCUGUCGCAACACGAGCUACUGGUACAUCUAAAAAUGCACAGGAAUUAAGUCAAAUAGCUGGAUCAUCAUCUGGACCAGUUCCUGGAAUGCUACCUGUGAAUGCUGAUGUUUUGGGUCUUAAAACGAUGAGCACAGGAAAUGAUAAUCAACAGUAUGUCCCAUCAAAUCAAGCAGUUAAUCAGGAUUGGCAAUCCACAGUGAUGUCCGGUUAUACAUCAUCACCAUCACCACUAAGUAUGGCUGGUGGUAGUCGCACGGCAACUGAAAGCGAUGACAGUACACGGAAGAGGCAAGUGCGACUCUUGAAAAAUAGGGAAGCUGCAAAAGAAUGCAGGCGGAAGAAAAAGGAGUACGUGAAAUGCUUAGAAAACCGUGUUGCUGUGUUGGAAAAUCAAAACAAAGCACUAAUCGAAGAACUCAAAACAUUAAAAGAAUUAUAUUGCAGGAAAGAAAAAACUGAAUUAUAA